AUGUUUCUUAUGGGAAAACAUGGCAGAACAAUUUAUCGGGAGUCGUACGCCCUAUUAUCUGUAGACUAUUGUAAGGCUCGGCAGUACAUGUAAUCCUGGGAAGCAGAAAACUAUAAGUGUAUGCUACCAGAAACGCGUAAAACGCGCUUAAUACCAAGAGCUAUAGUUGCAGGCGGGUACAGAGCGCCCCGGCGAGGCUUGCCCAGGAAGUGGCGUCACAUCGCUCACAUUGUGUUUUGAAUUUAAUGGCGGUAAGGAACGGAGUCCGAAAUGUUGAAAUUCAAAGUUGGAAUCCGCGGUGGAGCAGACAUUCUGUCAUCGGAGCCUCUCACCAGCAGAGCUACACGGCUUCAUAACUUUUUACAGGGAAAAUCAUCAUGCCAGUUCCCUUCACAACAACAACUGUCUACUCUAACCAGGGAAGGACUUCUUGAUUCCUUAUUUGUCCUUUUUGAGGAAUGCAACAGUCCAACCUUAAUGAAGAUUAAACAUGUAUCUAACUUUGUCAAAAAAUAUUCAGAAACUGUUGCAGAGUUACGGGAGCUUCAGCCCAGCACUAAGGAUUUUGAUGUUAAGAAUGUAAUUGGACGGGGUCACUUUGCAGACGUACACGUUGUCAAGGAGAAGGUUACAGGAGACAUAUUUGCUAUGAAAGUGAUGAAGAAAAAAGCACUUCUGGCUCAAGAGCAGGUUUCUUUUUUUGAAGAAGAACGAAAUAUAUUAAGUAAUCAUAAUAGUCCAUGGAUACCCACGCUCCACUAUGCCUUCCAGGAUAGGGAGCACCUUUACCUAGUUAUGCAAUAUCAGCCAGGAGGAGACUUGCUGUCUUUAUUGAAUCGCUAUGAUGACCAGUUUGAUGAAAGCAUGGCUCAGUUUUAUCUGGCAGAAAUAGUUCUAGCAAUUCAUAGUGUUCAUCAGCUGGGAUAUGUACACAGAGAUAUUAAACCAGAGAAUAUUCUUAUUGACCGCACCGGACAUGUUAAGCUAGUAGAUUUUGGAUCAGCAGCAAGAUUGAUCUCAAAUAAAGUGAUGAGUGCACAGCUGCCUAUUGGUACACCAGAUUAUAUGGCUCCAGAAGUGCUCAUGGUGAUGAAUGGGGAUGGAAAAGCUGCCUAUGGUCCUGAAUGCGACUGGUGGUCUCUAGGCAUUAUUGCCUAUGAAAUGUUUUAUGGAAAAUCUCCAUUUACAGAGGGAACAGCCACAAAAACAUUCAACAACAUCAUGAACUUUCAGCGUUUCCUAAAGUUUCCAGAAGAACCAAAAAUCAGCAAACAUUUUCUUGACCUUAUCCAAAGUUUACUAUGUGGACAAAGGGAGAGAUUGAAGUAUGAAGAUUUGUGCUGUCAUCCAUUUUUUGCACAAACUGACUGGGAUAAUAUUCGGAAUACUCCUCCUCCAUUCGUUCCUACCUUAAAGUCUGACGAUGACACCUCAAAUUUUGAUGAACCGGAGAAGAAUUUACGGGCUUUACCCUCUUCGGGCCACUUGAGUGCUGCAGGUUUCUCGGGCGAAGGGCUGCCGUUUGUGGGCUUUUCAUAUAUCAAGGCUCUUGGCGCAUUCACCAAAUCUGAGUCCAUUGUGUCUGGCUUGGACUCUCCAGCCAAGGCAAGCUCCAUGGAGAAGAAGUUAUUUCACAAGAGCAAAGAGCUGCUGGAAACACAGGACAAAUGCCACAAGAUGGAGCAAGAAAUGACUCGACUACAUCGUCGGGUGUCUGAGGUGGAGGCUGUACUCAGCCAAAAAGAAGUUGAAUUAAAAGCAUCUGAAACACAGAGAUCUCUCCUGGAGCAAGACCUGGCAACCUACAUCACAGAAUGCAGCAGUUUAAAACGCAGCCUAGAGCAGGCCCGGAUGGAGGUUUCCCAGGAGGAUGACAAGGCUCUGCAGCUUCUUCAUGAUAUCCGAGAACAGAGCCGGAAGCUUCAGGAUAUUAAGGAGCAGGAGUUUCAAGCCCAGCUGGAAGAGAUGAAGAUGAUGAUGCAGCAACUAGAAGAAGACCUUUUAUCUGCCCGAAGACGUAGUGACCUAUAUGAGGCAGAAUUGAGAGAGUCCCGAUCAGCAGCAGAUGAUUUUAAGCGCAAAGCUACAGAAUGUCAGCAGAAACUUCAGAAGGCUAAAGAUCAUGGUAAAGCUGAAGUUGGAGAGUUGCAUUCUAAACUGGAAAAGAUCAACGCUGAGCAACAGAAUAAAAUUCAGGAGCUGCAGGAGAAACUUACUAAAGCAGUAAAGGCCAGUUCUGAAGCUACUGAAUUACUCCAAAACAUUCGACAAGCUAAAGAACGAGCAGAGAAGGAGUUGGAGAAACUUCAUAAUCAAGAGGAUUCUAAUGAUGGAAUAAAGAAAAAAUUAGCUGAAGCUGAAGAGAGACGCCAUUCCUUGGAAAACCAAGUUAGGAGAUUGGAGAACGUGGAGCGGAGAGAAAACAAGCUAAAGGAAGAUAUUCAGACCAAAUCUCAGCAAAUUCAACAAAUGGCUGAAAAAAUAAUGGAGCUUGAAGAAAAAUACAGAGAGGCUCAAAUGGGAGCCCAACAUCUGGAUGUUCGCCUGAAGCAAAAUGAGCAAACAUAUGAGGAGAAAGUCCGAAGCCUUGAAGCACAAAUUAAGACAGAUAUUGAGGAAAAUGAAUCUCUUCAGCAGCUUCGUGUCAAAAAAGAAGAAGAAAUCUGUGACAAGAACAGAAUACUAAGUGAACAGAAAUCAAUGAUCAAUGCUUUGGAAUCAAAGAUCAAGUCUCUGGAACAAAGAUUAGCAGAGCUGUCUGAAGCCAAUAAACUGGCAGCAAAUAGCAGCUUAUUCACUCAGAGGAAUAUGAAAGCCCAGGAGGAGAUGAUAUCAGAACUGAGACAGCAAAAAUUUUAUCUAGAGACUCAGGCUGGUAAAAUAGAGGCCCAGAACCAGAAGCUGGAAGAACAGUUGGAGCGGCUUAACAACCAGGACCACACUGACAAAAACCGACUCUUGGAACUAGAGACAAGAUUACGAGAGAUUAGUCUGGAGCAUGAGGAGCAAAAGCUUGAGCUGAAGAGGCAGUUAACAGAGCUGCAGCUGACUUUACAGGAAAGGGAAUCCCAAAUUGCCUCUUUUCAGUCAGCACGUUCUGCUCUAGAAAAUCAGCUGCACCAAGCAAAAACUGAAUUGGAAGAUACCACUGCAGAAGCUGAGGAAGAAAUACAAGCAUUAAGGUCACACAGAGAUGAGAUCCAGCGCAAAUUUGAUACCUUACGGGAUAGCUGCACAGUUCUUACAGACUUAGAAGACCAGCUGAACCGUAUGAGUGAAGAAAAUGCAGAGCUGAACAAUCAAAACUUUUAUCUAACCAAACAGCUGAAUGAGGUCUCCGGAGCUGCGGAAGAAAUAAUACAACUCCGAAGUGAAGUAGAUCACCUAAGGAGAGAAAUUACUGAGCGGGAAAUGCAGCUCACUAGUCAGAAACAGACAAUGGAAGCUCUUAAAACUACAUGCACAAUGCUGGAGGAGCAGGUAAUGGAUUUAGAGGCACUGAACGAUGAGCUGUUAGAAAAGGAACGUCAGUGGGAAAGCUGGAGAAGUUCACUAGAAGAUGAGAAGACACAAUUUGAGUGUAGACUUCGAGAAGUGCAAAGACUUCUGGACACUGAAAAACAGGGCAGUUGGCGCCAAGCGGAGAGACAACUUACAGGCUCUGGGCUGAAUAGAGCACGGGCUGACCAACGCAGUACUGAAUCUCGCCAAAUGGUGGAACUGGCAGUUAAAGAACAUAAGGCAGAGAUUUUGGCUCUUCAACAAGCACUCAAAGAUCAAAAACUGAAGACUGAAAGUCUCUCAGAUAAGCUAAAUGAUCUGGAGAAGAAACACGCAAUGCUGGAAAUGAAUGCACGCAGCUUGCAACAGAAACUUGAAACUGAACGUGAACUGAAGCAACGACUUCUAGAAGAGCAAGCUAAACUUCAGCAGCAAAUGGACCUUCAAAAGAAUCACAUCUUUCGUUUGACUCAAGGACUGCAGGAAGCAUUAGAUCGAGCAGAUUUACUAAAAACAGAGAGAAGUGAUUUAGAAUAUCAGCUGGAGAACAUGCAGGCUCUCUACUCUCAUGAAAAAGUAAAGAUGGAAGGGACCAUUUCUCAGCAAACUAAACUUAUUGACUUCUUGCAAGCAAAAAUGGAUCAACCAUCUAAGAAGAAAAAGGGUCUAUUUGGCAGGCGCAGAGAUGACCCCAAUCAGACAUCACAAGUUCCUUUACAGUACAAUGAGUUAAAGGUAGCGCUGGAGAAAGAGAAGGCGCGGACAGCGGAACUUGAGGAAGCACUACAAAAAACAAGAAUAGAAUUGAGGUCUGCCAGGGAGGAAGCUGCCCAUCUGAAAGUGGUUGAUCAUCCUCUUCCAUCUACACCUGGUACAGCAAGGCAGCAGAUUAUUAUGUCUGCAUUGGUAAGGUCUCCAGAACAUCAACCAAAUGCUGUCAGCUUGCUAGCUCCUCAGUCCAGCCGUAGAAAAGAAUCCUCUGCCCCUGAAGAGUUCAGUCGCCGCCUUAAAGAGAGGAUGCAUCAUAAUAUUCCUCACAGAUUUAACGUUGGUCUUACCAUGAGAGCAGCCAAAUGCUCUGUAUGCCUGGACACUGUGCACUUUGGGCGCCAAGGAGCAAAGUGUUUAGAAUGUCAGGUCAUGUGUCACCCAAAGUGUUCCUCCUGCCUCCCAGCUACAUGUGGCCUCCCCGCAGAAUAUGCUACACAUUUCACUGAAGCCUUUUGUAGAGAGAAGAUGAAUUCCCCAGGGAUGCAGGUGAAGGAAGUGAUUGGCUCGGUUCGCCUGGAGGGCUGGAUGAAGAUCCCAAGAAACAACAAACGUGGGCAACAAGGAUGGGACAGAAAAUACAUUGUGCUGGAGGGAUCAAAGAUACUAAUCUACGAUAAUGAAGUAAAAGAAGGGGGCCAGCGACCUAUAGAUGAGUUUGAACUUUGCCUUCCUGAUGGUGAUGUAACGGUUCAUGGAGCUGUGGGAUCCACAGAACUAGUAAAUACUGCUAAAUCAGAUGUGCCAUAUGUGAUGAAGGUGGAGUCUCACCCACACACUACUUGCUGGCCGGGACGCACUCUUUACUUGUUGGCACCUAGUUUUCCUGAUAAGCAGCGCUGGGUCAAUACAUUGGAGUCGGUGGUUGCUGGGGGGAGAGUGUCCAAAGAGAAGGCAGAAGCUGAUGCUAAAUUGCUCGGAAAUUCCCUUUUGAAACUGGAAGGGGAAGACCGGCUGGACAUAAACUGUACUAUACCUCUGACAGAGCAGAUUGUUCUGGUUGGCGCCGAGGAAGGCCUCUAUGCUCUGAAUGUGUUAAAGAAUUCUCUUACUCACAUUCCCGGUGUCGGAGCUGUGUUUCAAGUUCAUAUUGUGAAAGAGCUAGAGAAACUCCUACUUAUAGCAGGAGAAGAACGUGCAUUGUGCUUGAUUGACGUAAAGAAAGUGAAACAGUCCCUGGCCCAGGCACAUUUGCCAGCACAGCCAGAGGUAGCUCUCACAGUGUUUGAGGCUGUUAAAGGCUGUCAUCUAUUUGCUGCUGGGAAGAUUGAGAAUGGAUUGUGCAUUUGUGCAGCCAUGUUAAAUAAAGUUGUGAUAUUGCGAUAUAAUGAAAGUCUCAGCAAAUUUUGUAUUCGAAAGGAAAUUGAGACGUCGGAGCCCUGCAGUUGCAUCUAUUUUACUGGAUACAGCAUUAUUAUUGGAACCAACAAAUUCUAUGAGAUAGAGAUGAAGCAAUACACUCUGGAGGAAUUCCUGGAUAAAAACGACCAUUCUUUGGCCUCUGCUGUGUUUGCCUCUUCAUCCAAUAGUUUCCCAAUCGCUAUAAUGCAGGUGAACACGACAGGACAGAGGGAGGAGUACUUACUCUGUUUCCAUGAGUUUGGUGUAUUUGUGGACUCGUAUGGUAGACGGAGUCGAACGGAUGACCUUAAAUGGAGCCGGCUGCCCCUUGCUUUUGCAUACCGAGAACCUUACUUGUUUGUGACUCAUUUUAACUCCUUGGAAGUUAUUGAGAUUCAGGGACGUGCUGCCCUUGGCGCUCCAGCCAGGGCCCAUUUGGAUAUUCCAAAUCCACGUUAUUUGGGACCAGCCAUCUCUUCUGGAGCCAUUUAUCUGGCAUCAGUUUACCAGGAUAAGCUCCGAGUAAUCUGUUGCAAGGGUAAUCUGGUGAAAGACAAGUCAAGCGAUCUCCAUCGUGCCCCAUCCACUACACGGAGUCCUAACAAGAGAGGCCCUCCUUCAUACAAUGACCAUAUAACAAAGAGAAUAGCAGCCAGUCCAGUACCAGGAGAAGUUCAAGGUCUGGUGCGUGAACCCAGCACACCACACCGGUAUCGUGAAGGAAGGACAGAGAUGCGCAGAGACAAGUCUCCUGGACGACCGCUGGAAAGAGAAAAGUCUCCUGGAAGGUUAUUAAGCACCAGAAGAGAAAGGUCACCUGGAAGAUUAUUUGAGGAUAGCAGUAGAAGUCGUGUACCUGCCGGGGGCGUGAGAACUCCCCUUUCUCAAGUCAAUAAGGUCUGGGACCAGUCUUCAGUGUAAAUGAACAGGACACUCCAGCAGCAGAUACAUGAAUCAACAUGGGGGAAUGUCUUCAUGUCUGGUUUAACCAGGCAUAUGCUUUUUCUGUUCUGGUUGUUUGUAGCAGACCAGUUCCAGAACUAUUUUGUGCUAUGUGAAGAUCACUAAAUAAGUGCAGCUCUCAUACUUCUAGCUGUGUUUCAGUUUUCUUCCUCCAUAAUCUAGGCUACAUUCUUAUUUCUGUUACAGUACUAGGUCAGUUUUGCCUCACUAGCACAUACAGCCAACGUAGAGGGGUUGGUCACAUUUGCUAAAUGAAAAAUGAAUGUUGUCUAUUGAACAUUUUAGAAUAUAUCAACCUUCUGCUUCACAUGAUGCUAAAUAUUCUUUAUAGAGCUUUGCAUUAAUUCUAGCAUCAUCGGUAAAGGCAACAAAGCCAAUGCUUUUACACGACGCCACCAUACAAACACUUAUUUAUUCAACAGUAACUAUGUGAUGUUCCUGUUCUGCUUACUUCCUAACGCUUUUGCUACCUCACUUAAAGUCAAGACUUUUGCUUUACAAAACCAUCACAUUAAUGUGCCAGGGGUAAUAUGUCUGAAAAGGUGCUAUAUCUUUUAUAGGUGUCAAUGAUCAAGAUCUUAUAUUGGAUUCUCAUUUUUCAAUUGAGAAAGUUUGUAAUCUGCCCACUUCUGAUAACAUGUGUAUAUGUGGUAAGCUGGACUUUGAAUAUGUACAUAUAUAUGUAACUAUAUAUUUGUUUCUCUAUUAUGCAUAACUGCAUGAAAGAUCUGUCACCCUGGAAGCCUCUUGAUUUACAUAAAUGUAACAAUCGAUUAUGUUUAAUUGGGUAAUGCUAAGUGAAUAUGCCCAGUCGAAAUUUACUGGAGAUGUCUGUCCCUUCCAAUGCUUCCUUAACUAUACAAGAGGAUUGUACAUACUUUACCACAAAGUUUAUAUUCAUAAAAUUGAAUAUGUUUCUACUUUUUUAAGGUAAACUGUG